AUGUUGAAUAACGAAGAUCCAGAUCUUCUUCUUCCUUCAUGGGUUGAUCAUGAAUCUAGAAAUUGUUGUGAAUGGGAGCGAGUUGGUUGUGAUCCUAUUACAGGUCAAGUUACAGCCCUUUUUCUAAACAAUACAAGGCAAAUUUCAAGUUUAAAGGAUUCGUCAGCGCCCAAAUGGUUAGAAUAUCACGCCAAUGACAAAUAUUGGUUACUAAAUGCCUCUUUAUUUCUUCCUUUUGGAGAACUUCGUAAUUUGGAUUUAUCAGCAAAUUCAUUUGAUGGAUGCAUUGAGUUUGAAGGCUUUGAAAAAUUGUCAAGCUUAAGAACGUUGGAGGUCUUGAACAUCAGUAGUAAUGAGUUUGACAACAAUAUAAUAGGAUCGUUGAAGGCGAUAACAUCCCUUAAAAUUUUGGUUAUGCGGAAAAUAGGCUUAUAUGGAUCUUUUCCCAUUAGAGAAUUAGCAAGUUUGAGAGACUUGGAAAUAUUGGAUUUGCGCCACAAUGUCUUGGAGGGCUUCCGAUCAUCAACACAAGGUGGUAAAGGACUGGUGAAGUUGAACAAGCUGGAGCAUCUAGAUCUAAGCUCCAACAAUUUAACCGACACGCAUAUCUUGGAGUUUUUGGCUACCCUGCCAGCCCUCAAAUCUCUAUCCCUGGCCGACAACUACAUGGAACAACCACUUUCCGACCAAGAUUUGGAAGCUUUCAGCAAUUUGGAGAUCUUAAAUUUGAGGCUGAAUUGUUUGACUGGGAGUGUUCCUUCAUCUAUACGGGCCUUAUCUUCUCUCAAGGUUUUAUCGUUAUCUAAUAAUCGGCUCAACAGCUCCUUAUCCAUUCAAGGCUUAUGUGAACUGAAGAAGCUUGAGGAGUUAGAUCUCAGUCUAAACUCCUUUGAAGGAAUACUUCCACCAUGUUUGAACAAUUUGACAUCUCUGAGAUUAUUGGAUCUCUCUCAAAACCUACUCACAGGAAGCAUCUCUUCUUCUUUAAUCGCCGGCCUCUCAUCCCUUCUAGAGGUGGUUGAAUUUACAAAUGACAACAACAAAUUUGAGAUUGAAACUGAACAUUCAACUUGGGUUCCUAUGUUUCAAUUGAAGGUUCUGAUAAUAUCAAACUGUAACCUUAAUAAGCUAACUGGUGGUAUUCCUAAGUUCCUUCAGUACCAAUACAGUCUGACAGCAGUCGAUCUCUCUCUCAAUAACUUGUCUGGAAGCUUCCCCAAUUGGUUGCUUGAGAACAAUAGAGACUUAAAGUUUCUAAACCUAAGGCAUAACUCUUUCAUGGGUCAAAUUCACCUGACAUGUUGCCCCAAUAUCUAUUUGGAUUGGAUGGAUAUCUCAGAUAAUCUGUUCAAUGGGCAGCUUCAAGAAAAUAUAGCGCAGAUGAUUCCUCAGUUAAGCCAUCUAAAUCUAUCUAAGAAUGGCUUUGAAGGUAAUAUCCUGUCAUUGAUAGUUCAAAUGAGUAACUUAAAGGAAUUGGAUGUGUCUGGUAAUGAUUUCUCAGGAGAAGUACCAAAGCAAUUUGUUGGUGGUUGUCAUAAUCUGAAGGUUUUGAAAUUGUCGAAUAAUGGAUUUCGUGGCCAAAUAUUUUCAGAAUACUUUAACUUGACAGGAUUAGAGUUUUUGCAUUUGGACAGUAAUGAGUUUUCAGGGACUCUAUCAGAUGUAAUCACCAGAAGCCCUUUAAGUUUGCUGGACAUCCUCAACAACUAUAUGUCUGGUGAGAUGCCGAACUGGAUAGGUAACAUGACUUUGAGGACGCUGGCCAUGGGGAACAACAGCUUUAAAGGUCAGUUACCAUGUGAAGUAGUUGCGCUCAAGUUUUUUGACAUAUCUCAUAAUGCUCUUUCAGGUUCUCUUCCUUCUUGUGAGAACCCACAGUUUUUAGAGCAUAUACAUUUGCAAGGAAACAGGUUUACAGGAGCAAUACCCGAAGAUUUUCUCAACUCCUUAUCUCUAUUGACCUUGGACAUUAGAGAUAACAGCUUGAAUGGAAGCAUUCCCAAGUCAAUUGUGGCACUUUCCAACCUAAGAAUUCUUCUGCUUGGAGGAAACCAUUUAAGUGGCCUGAUUCCAAAUCACCUAUGCCAAUUGACCAAAAUAAGUUUGAUGGAUCUAUCGAACAACUCUUUUUCUGGGUCAAUCCCUAGGUGUUUGGGGCAUUUCCAAUUUGGGGAGACAACCACUAGUGACAAUGUGUUUGCGCCAUCGACUCAGUUUGGUUUCGGGAAUGGAAUUCAUAUAUAUGCAGGUUACCUAGAGAGAUAUUUCUACAUCAAUGGUGAUAUAUAUGAUGAACAAGAUGAAGUUGAGUUUGUAACAAAAUACAGGUCUGGCUCCUAUAAAGGUGACAUUCUUAACUUCAUGUCUGGAUUGGAUUUGUCAUGCAACAACUUAACCGGUGAAAUCCCUCAUGAACUGGGAAACCUAAAUUCGCUUCAUGCACUAAACUUGUCUCACAAUGAGUUGCAGGGCACCAUCCCGAAAGGGUUUUCAAACCUCUCUCAAAUAGAGAGCUUAGAUCUUUCUUACAAUAGAUUGAGUGGAGAAAUUCCUUCAGAAUUGACCCAACUAAAUUUUUUAGCAGUGUUCACUGUAGUUCACAAUAACUUCUCUGGUAGAGUCCCAGAUCUGAAACAACAAUUUGGAACAUUCGAUCAGACUAGCUAUGGUGGCAAUCCUUUUCUUUGUGGGCCACUGUUGAAGAAAAAAUGCAGCAUUAAUCCUGAGUUACCAUAUUCACCUGUGGCACUUUCAGAUAUGAAAGAAGUAAAAUGGUAUGAUAUUGAUCCGGUCGUCUUCUCUGCAAGUUUUGCUGCAGCAUAUAUUACGAUCUUGCUGGCAUUUGCUACUGCUCUUUAUGCAAUGCACAGGCUGUGCAAAAAGCAGUUUCUAGCAGCAUCGACGCACCAAGAUGUGACACACAGGCUGGCGAUGGACGCUGAAGGAGAUUCGAACUUUGACGCUGGAAAGAUUGAAUCCAAACUCACACCAAAAUGUGCUGAAGAACUUGUCGGAAAAGAUGUCGUUUGCAAGGGAAGACACAUAGGCCUGUGGCAUGAACUGAACAGCAUGGUAGUUCAAAACUGUUUAGCGGUAUUGGUUUGA